ACUGUUAAAGAAUUUAAUGAACUGAGAGGGUGCAACAGUUUUCCUGGAGUUUUAGGCUGUAUUGAUGGAACUCAUAUUCCAUUUACAGCCUCCAAAAAUGAAAAGGUUGCACAUUUCAACAGAAAAAAUUUCACUUCUGUCAUUCUACAGGCUGUAUGUGAUGCGAAAUUAAAAUUUAUAGAUGUCUUUGCUGGUUGGCCAGGCUCAUCAAAUGAUGCCAGAGUUUUCCAAAGGAGUCCUCUCUAUCUAAAAAUAAAACAUAAUCCUGAGAUGAUUUCAGAAAACUAUCAUUUAUUAGGUGAUAGUGCAUAUCCAUUAUCCAAAAAAUUAUUAACUCCUUAUCGUGAUAAUGGACACUUAAACAAUAUUAAAAAAUAUUACAAUAAAACUCUUAGUUCAACUAGAAUUGUUAUUGAACAAGCAUUUGGACAAUUAUUUGGCAGGUUUAGAAGGCUGAAACAUCUACAUAUGUUUCGAAGGGAUUUGAUUCCAGAAGUGAUAAUAACUGGCUGUGUAUUGCAUAAUUUGUGCAUUUUAUAUAAUGAUAUACCUCCAGAUGCUUGUGCUAUAAAUGGUAAUUUGCAAAACAGUUCUCAGAAUUUUGGAGAAGAGUAUCAAGAUGGAAUUAGCAAAAGAGAGGAAAUUGCUAAUAAAUUAUAUGCCAAUCAUAAUGGUUAAAAAGUAUCUAUUGAUACUUUUAUUUUUUUUUCUAUUAAUACAUUAAAAUCAAGUUUGUAAUUAUUAUUAUUGUCUGCUGUUAUGUUGUGAAUUUUUAAUCAUAAUGAUGCCAUGUUCAUCUGCAUUUAUAAUGUGUAAUUUAAACAAAAUUUUAUUAAAUAUUUGAACCAGUUUCAGGAAAAGUAUUAAUCAUGUAUUUAACAUUUUGUUAUUACUUUUAGUUAUUUGUAAUUGUGAAUUACAUAAUUCUAAUAAACUUUGUUCAUUAUUGAAAGUGCUUUCGUUUUUUGAAUAGAU